CCCGCCUCUUCUCCCCCCGACGCGCUUGCCGAUCCGCCCAUUCCGCCGCUACCACUCUCCCGCCGCCGCCGCGCGCCUCAGCCGCCCGUGGCCCGGACAUGGAGGGCGCCGCCGGGGAGGAGGGCGCCUCCACGCCGGCGGCGAGAGGGGGAGCGGAGGCAGGGGCAGGGGCAGGGGCAGGUGGAGGGAUGCUGAAGGGGAGGUCCUGCAAGGGCUGCCUCUACUACUCGUCAAAGCUCAGGUCGCGAGCGCGCGGCCCCGUCUGCGUCGGCGUCACCCGCGCCCUUCCCCAAGUUUCUGAGCGUAAGGUUGGAAAACUUGAACUGGAAGCUAUCCAAGAAGGUCGUUAUCUUGCAGAUUUCAGAUAUGCAUGCAUUGGCUAUUCAAUGUACUUAAAUGGCAAGGAAACUCCUACGGGGGUACGAGAUAAGCCACGUGCCCAUCUGCCUGUUUGUGCUGGAGUCGAGCUGUUGAUAGAUAGAAAAGUCCCAACAAACGUUAAGAAAGAAGCUCCAAAACCACGUCAAUAUAAACCAGGGCAUGCAGGAGAUGAUUUCUUAACGAAAUUUCAGAGGAAUGCAGGUCUUGUGGCCAGUGGUGUGGCUAAGAACCUGAAUAGAGUUGGGACCUACAUCAAAGACACUGUCAGUGAUAUGAUGCAGCCUCACCGCAAGCGUCCCAAAUAAAACAUAGGCCUGUCUCUCCUAAAUCCUGUAUGGAAGUAAACAUUAGAAAUUAGAUGAUCGGGGAACAUCGGAUCAAUCACUUCCUCCCAUACACACCCAGCGCAGCAGUAGCUUAGCUUUCUGUUGGUUUCAGAAACUCUAGAGAAUUGAGAGAAGAUCUAUGGUUAGGAAAAAUAGCCACUUGAAACAUGUUAUCCACUAGCUCAUGGGGCUUCGAUUCCCCCUGUCUCGCCCCAUUUUGGGAGCCAUUGUUGUUUUCACUAGGCCCCUCCGGCAAAACAACCACGUUCCGCCCCUUCUGACAAUAACGUGGUGCCGUUGAGAGGUCCAGUGAUGCAUUUUUUGUUGGAGCAUUGAAGUAUCAGUGUACGUAGAUGAUAUACUAAACUCUUAUUCUGUUACUACUAGAUACGUGCCCUCUUAUUCUGUUACUAGAUUAGUGCCCUCUUAUUCUGCCUUUUUUAUCUGCUUCUAGUGCUGUGGCAAGUCAUGGUCCAGCACGUCACUAAGCGCCCUGGAUGCUUGUACAAGCUCCUCUGGACUGAAAACCAUAUAUGAUUUAGGUAUCAGUUGGUGUUCCAAACAUAUAAUCAUAAGGGCGUGACUGUAAAGUAAUUAGCUGAUUGAGAGGGGAGGAACAAGCAUAUUUUAUCAUUGAAGG